GUCCCCCAAUCAAAACAAAAUCUAUUCUCUCCCUCUCUUUUCUCUCUCUGUCUCACCUCCUUUGACAAUGAGCUAAGACAACAACUUGUAAACCCUUAGAUCUGAUUUUUGAGGUGAAUCCUUAUUUUGUUCAAUCUCAAUUACAUAUUUAUUUAUUUUUGUUUCAUCUCUAAUCAGAUUCUCAAAUCGAACAUAUUCCUUGGUAAGUUCUCUUCUGUUUCUUAUCUCUUUAUCCAUUCAUCAGUUUCGAUCUGCGUCAAAUAUUUAUCUGAUUUUCUGUUAUAAGGCUGUCAGUUUUGAGAUCUGAGGUUUAAAUUUCUUACCUUUUUUUUUUUUUUUUGGAUUUUUGGAUGUGUAAAUCAAAAUAAUAAUGGAUAGUAAAAAUGGAUAUACAGCCAUACCUAAGAAUGGAUUUGUCGAAUUGCAAUUACACCAUACUAAUAAUCAUAAUCAUGAUAGUUUCUCAGAUGAUCAUCUUGAAUUUAAGAAUACUUCUAAAUCUGAUCAAGAGAUAGAGAAUGGGCAUAUCAAUGAUAAUGAUGAUGACAUUCUUCCGUUUAUCGUCGAAAAUUCUGUUAAGAAGAGUAAUGGGUCAGGAGGGAUAUCUGGGGCGGUAUUUAAUCUUGCUACCUCCAUUAUUGGUGCUGGAAUUAUGGCAUUACCAGCUACUAUGAAAGUACUUGGGGUAAUUCCUGGACUUAUUUUGAUUUUUCUAAUGGGGGUUUUAUCUGAAGUUAGUGUUGAGCUUCUUGUUCGCUUUUCCGUCCUAGCUAAAGCGGAGUCCUACGGUGAUGUUGUUCAGAAUGCAUUGGGCGCUCCAGCAAGGAUUAUUUCUGAGAUUUGUAUUAUUAUUAAUAAUGCUGGGGUUUUGGUUGUUUAUUUGAUUAUCAUGGGAGAUGUUAUGUCUGGUUCUUUUCAUCAUGAAGGAGUAUUCGACCAGUGGUUAGGACACGGGUUUUGGGAUCAUAGGAAAUUGCUCAUAUUGUUUAUUGUGGUAGUGUUUUUAGCGCCGCUUUGUUUCUUAGAGAAAAUUGAUUCGUUAAGCCUUACUUCAGCUGCUUCUGUGGCUCUUGCCGUUGUUUUUGUUGUGGUUUGUGUUGUCAUUGCUUUGAUUAAGCUUGUCGAAGGGAGGAUUGAGACUCCAAGAAUGACACCAGAUUUUGGAUCAAAGAAGGCAAUUCUGGAUCUUCUUGUAGUGAUACCAAUCAUGACGAACGCUUAUGUUUGUCAUUUUAAUGUUCAACCUAUUUACAAUGAGCUUGAAGAUCGGUCUCCUCAGAAAAUGAAUCAAGUUGGAAGAAUCACUACAGUGCUGUGCAUUGUCAUUUAUGCGUCAACUGCUGUAUCUGGGUAUCUUCUCUUUGGUAAUGAUACAGAAUCGGACAUCUUGACCAACUUUGAUAAGGACCUUGGGAUACGUUUCAGUUCAAUCUUAAACUACAUUGUUAGGGUGGGGUACAUUUUUCAUCUAAUCCUCGUGUUCCCUGUUAUACAUUUCUCUUUAAGGCAAACUGUGGAUGCCUUGGUGUUCAAGGACUCAGGGACGCUGCUAGAGAACAGGAAGAGGUCAUUGGCCUUGACGGUGGUGCUUUUGGCUCUUAUUUAUCUAGGCUCUACCAUGAUUCCCAGUAUUUGGGUUGCAUUCAAGUUUACAGGUGCCACUACUGCAGUCUCAUUAGGUUUUAUAUUCCCAUCUCUGAUUGCUUUGAAGUUCAAACAACGGGGAGAGGUUUUGAAUAACAAGGAGAAUAUUUUAGCGUGGUUGAUGUUAAUAUUGGCGAUAACAGUCGGAGUUGUAGGAGUAAUUGGGAAUAUUUAUAGCAUCAAUAGCAAAUCUGGAUGAUAUCAUCUGUCUUUUUCAUUUCCAGAAUCUUUCUCACCAGGCAGUCGACUGUGAUCUUGGCUAAGAAAUCUAAGUGAGAGACUUGGUCACUCUUUAGAACAGUUCUAGAAUUUAGAGCUCAGUUGUUGGUUCAUGAAGGAAGACCAAGGUAACAUCAUAUCGAUAUGACUGUGUUGGUGCUUGGAGAUACGAGGAUUGUGACUUCUCUCCUGCAACCUUCAGACCUUAAAACUAUGUUCUCUGUCUCCUUCGUCCCAAGUAGGGAUUGCAUAUAGUUGAAAUAGUAGCUAAAAGAGUUUCUGCAGUUGGAUGGCUAGAUCUGAAUUAUAGGGAAAAAUUGCAGAAAAACCGUUUUAAAGUUUUUGAUUCUUAUGUAGCCCCAUUUUGUCUUCACCUAUACUGAAACAGGGGUAACUGUCAUACUGUAUAAUGUUUCAACUGCGUUGCCAUUGAAAUGAUAUAAUUCAUUCUUUUUUUAUCA